ACCUGGCGCCAUGUUCUAUACCUAACAGGAAGUCAUGAUUGUUUUGAAGGAUUCUGAUUGGCUGACAUAGGUUUCAUUUUUGCAGCCCCCUAUGCAUCUGUAGUGUUUAACACAACGCUCAGUUGCCUAUUUCUAUGGGUUGGUUUGGAUGAAAACUUUUCUGAAAACCCUCACAUGUGUACGAUAUUAUUUUUAAAAACGAUGUAGGGGAGAUAUUUGUUUAAAAGCCCUGCUACGUGUCUACAAGACCUCAGAGGCAGGGUGCUGCAUGCUAGUCAGCAUAUAUUAUUGAUAGAGGAAGCGUUGCACUUUGGUGUUUUCUGUUCUUUGAUUUAAGUGGAAAGCGGCAAUGUCUUUUUACACAUAUCUCAAUAAACCUGCUGAAAAACAACCUGGACUGCUUAGUAGCAGAUGGAUGGGAAAGUGUUUAGCUACCUGAAUAGCUGAGUACAUGUGAGGAACUACAUAAUACUCUGUGAGGCCAGGACAAAUUUAUUGUAAAAAUAUAAAACUCAUUAUCAAGCACAGCCAGCAACAUAUUGAACUUAUGUCACCGAUGAAAUGAAAAUCAAUGAAAAUCACUUUAAAUCUAGAUAUGCCAGGAUUUUUUAAUCAUGCCGGACUUAACUUUAUUCAGUGUAUUUUCUUUUUUUUUACACUAUUUGGAUCCAUUUCAUAUGAUCUAUUCAUAUGAACUAACAACAAAAAGGUGUUUUAAAAGAAGGAAGGUGUGUUUUUGUUAUCAACAGACCAAUAAUGUGGUGAUCUCUGACCUGGAAAUGAUCACAGAUCCAUUUACAUGUCGAGAAUGUGGUAUUUCAAGCGCUAAUAUUUCUAUGAAUCAAGUUUAUACUAACGUGAGUAUGCACUUAUUAGGCAAAUGCUCUAGGUUUGUUUAAAUAAUCACGUCCACCAUGUAAGAACAACAAUAAAUGUAUAAUUUUCUGACAUACAAAUUCUGUCAGGGAUAAGUACCUUGACACGACACCUGUCUGUGUCUGUCUGUCUAAAUUGCACUCAGACCAGGUAAUUGGCACCCAGAUAGCUUUUACUUCAGCCAUUUAGGAACCAGUGAGGGCCAAGCUUAAAGGGCUGUGCUUAUACUCAUAGAAUCUGGAGUUACAAUACAAAAACAUUUUUUUUAUUUUGUAUAGGCUUGUCCUUUAAACCGGAUAUAUCAUGGUUUUAAAUCCUACCUUUUCACAAUUAAAUCAUUCAGUUGUGGUUUAUAUAAAAUAGAAUUGCAAUGCUUUGGUCUGAACUAAUAGUUAUUGUAGCUCCACAGGCCCCUCUAUAACACCUGUUCUGAGAUGCGUCAGAGAGCAACUCAUUUUGGUGCGUUGUCUUUAAAUGCUACUGAGGCAAGUCACACCCCACCCCCCUCCAGGUCAAGGUGCACUUUAACCCGUUUGGCAACAAUUAUCUAGUGCCGCAGAAACAAGACAAAAACGACAUAAACAAUAAAAAACUGUUUAUGUUAUAAAAAUAUUCAAAACAUGCAGUACUGUUAUAUCUUCAAGGAGCUAAGAGCAGCACACAGCACUAGCAUAAGGCGAAGGUAUGAUGCUACUGCCAUCAAAACAAUGGCCAGGACGUCAUAUCAACACACAAUAAAUUAAUGUCUAAAAUAAAGUUUGCAGUCAUUUUAGCGUUAUUUUCAGCUUACCGCUUGGAUGUGUCCGUUGUUUUCAUUGACAGAAGGAACUGCCCGCUUAUAUUAGAUGAAAUCUUUCAGCAAAUCCUUCUUGAUACUGGCAGAGGUUGCCUAAAGUCCUUGAAUUCAGGGAAAUUGUAAUUUUCCACAAAAAAUGUUAACACCAAUACUUAUCCGGGCGCAUCACAUUGCGCUGAAUAGUAAAAAACAAUUUAAUGAAGCCUCAAGGCAAAUUAUCUGCCUCGAGGCUUCAUUAUAAAUUUUAUAAACUGAGGUACUCGAGUGUGAUCUGGCCACUUUCCUUCCACUAUAUAGGACAAACACGCUGACGGCGCAUCUACUCUUGCCUGAGAGAAUCAGGCUCUCAUUGUGGCUGAAUUUUACUCCACCCCUAGAUAAUAACAAUCUGGGAUGGGAGAACAGAAUUCUAUUCUCAGUUUAUGUAAAAACCCAAGUUUUCCAGCACCUGCCGUGUUGCCAGCAUGUGGAAUUGUCUCUACGUGAUCUGUCGUUCUCUUACGGAACAAUGAAAGUAAAAGGAAUAAAACCCAGGGUUAUCCUCAAAAUGCGGAACCCUGGAAAUAAAGUUUUUUUGACAGGAGAUCUAGCAGUUCUGACCGGAGAGCAGAGUUCAGCUCUGGAAACGGCAGAAAUGUCCCCACGAUCCCACUGAACAGUGGGGAGUGUGACAGAAACUGCAGAGUGAAACUCUGCUGAACAGUCUGUGCCUCCAUCUGUCCAAGGAGCAUAGAGCUGCCACUCCAAGUAGUGCUCUGAGAGGGGGUGCACAUUUAUUUACAGUGAGAUCUUGGUACCUUUGAAAUGGCCGUUUAAAAGUUCCUCUUAUGCCUUGUGUGGAGGAUGUGUGAGGAGAUUACAGCAGAAUCAUGCAAUCUGGCUGAGUCUGCAUUUUUUAAAAACCCCGCUCUUUAUGUUUUAUUCCAAAACAGUUAACAUUUUACAGACAUUCCCCCAACAUCCGCCGUGUCUCCUGUGGAAGGCUGGACCAGGAGCAUGCUGGUGCUGCUGAACCCGACGGUCCAGCCCAGGGCUGGUAGUGUGGGAGGAAUAGGUGCCAGGCCAGAAAAGAGCCCCAUGCCUCCCGACUCGCUCCAGCUCAUCAUGAAAUAUCUGCAGCUGCUCCGGCACAGACUGAAAAUAGGCACUGAACAGUCCAUUGGGACUGUUACAGAUGUCCUCUGCAUCUUCUGGUGGGAGAUUCAAUUCUUGAGCUUUCUUAAAAUGGCGCUGGUGAGGAAAACAAUGUUGUUGGUCCCUGCUGUAGCCUAUGUGGCACACCCAGUGAGCCUAGCAGUGAUCUGAUCACUGGGGAAGGGGGCACUGGCUGUUGUCUGAUCAGCCAGGCCUACCUGACACCCAAACAGGCUUAGACUGGGCUCUAGUGUAGGAUCCGGAGAAAAGCCCUGAUCCAUGAAGGACCCCACUCUCGUGAUGAGUGAGAAGGUGAGGACUGGUGCCUUCAGCUGCUGUGGUUUGGCUGCUACUCUUGAUAGGAACACUGUUAUCGUGGGGGCCAGACCAGGUCUUGUCGGCUGAGAUGUGCAGAGGCACAUUUCCCCGCCAUAUCAUCUGUGGAAGGCUGGCCUAGUUGUGCAGGGACUGGGGCAUCUUUAGCACUACUACUGCCAUGAUAGCUAUGACUGCGCUAACAAGUGCACUCAUCACCGGAUGUGGGGUGGUUGCUGACAUGAGGUGACUCUGAGCAUGGGCUGAUGGCGAACUGAUGCUCAGUAUGAGGGAUUGCUGCAAAAUCAACACCAGUGACUGUCCACUGUCUCUACAUGCUCAUCCGGGUGGAGGGAAUGCUACAAGUCAUUGACUGGAUGCAAUUUGCUGGGUUUCCUUAGACAGAAAAACGUUUUAUCCAAUAAAUCAUUGAAUCUGACUGCACUGUUCAAUGAUUAGGAUUUAUUGGAAUGUAUGUACCUGACUUUUCAACCCAGUCUCAUUCCAAAUUGUGUAAUACCUACGUUUGUCCACAGGGCAAAACGUAGCCAUUUCACAAAAAGCGCUCUGAAAUAGUAGCAUAGCUACGUUUCAUUUUCACAUUCUUUUCUAUGGUCUUACUUUAGGUCACGUGACUGCUGAGUUUCUCGCCAGCAUGAACCAAAAACAUGGCGGAUAUCCUUGUUUUUUCGGUGAAAAUUGCUUUAUUUUGAGAUAGAUUGUGGCUUUAACAUUGUUUUGAUAGCUUUUCUAGCGACAAAUGGACACUUUAUUUUCAUAGUAUCCAUUCAGUUUAUGUAAAUGAUUUGUAGUUUUUUCGUUUGCACGUACAGUUUUUCAGGUCUCCACAAAAUAGUACUAUGUUUAUGUUGUUGGUAUAGUGGUUGCUAAGGGCGCUAUUAACAACGAACCGGAAGGAAGUCGAUGACAGUCACGGACCGAGUCACUCAAACUGGUUACCUUUAUUUAUUUAUUGACGCCCACUGCCCAUUUAACACCUGGUGUGGAGAUGCAAUCAAGCCUCAACCACAAUGCGGUGAACAUGGAUACGUUAGAAGAUGACGACGCUUUAUUUCUUGUUAUUGUGCUUUUGGAUGAAUGCAAGCCCGAAGGAGUGUCGGAAACAGGCCCAGAGAAAUGUGUGUGGAACGAGGAGGACGAAGAAGGGAAUCCUCUCCCCAAAAGUAGUAGAACGGAGGAGGGACGAAAACGUCCUUCAUCCACAGACACGCCAAAUGACACCUGCGGAAGCAUGGACCCAUCAUGUGCUCCAUCUACUCGUGAGCAGUGUGUGACUGGGACCCUUCAAGACAUAGCAUGUGAUGUUGCCAGACACGACUCCAUGAUGCUCCAUAACAGAUCAUCCAUGGUAGAAGGAUUCUACAGACCACUGCCACCAACAUCUCACAUUAGGGAAGAAGAGGGAGGAAAAUUCUCCUACCAUGAAAAAGAGUGCUUUUUGCCAGUAAAUCUUCCCUGCUGUGACUGCUCUACUGGACCGAUGGCCAUUUCUGCAGGAAAGCAAGUAAUUCUAAUUGGAAUGAAUGGGCGAUACAAUCUGUCUUUUCCAACUGUCACCUGCUCCUGUGGAAAAGCUUGGGAUGUUGGCAUUAGUGAUCUGGUUGAGAGUGGCUAUUGGCCAGCCACAGUCUAUUUUGAGACUUUAUAUGCAGUGGAUUUGUUUAUCACAUAUGAAGAUCUCAAGGUUACUACACCAGGAAUGUCACGGCAAGCUUUUGUGGGUAUGCUUGAACAGCGCAUCAAACUCUUUGGUCGGAGUGGCAAAAUAUGUAGAGACACCAUGCAGAAAUCAUUCCUGGAAUGGUCUUAUGCAAAAUUUGAGGUUGAGAGGUUGUCUCAGGUGCAUCUGUUUCAGUGCCCUGCAUGCACACCCUCUAUGUUGGUUGUUGCAGUAGAUGGAAACCUCAAGCUUUACCGCUUUAAAAGCCAACCGGGACCUAAUGGAUUUUUUGAAGGUGUGUUUCUGGCCAAGGAUGCCGAGGUGACCUCCUUUGUUGACUACAUUCAUGGGGCAACACAACAUAAUCCUGGGAAAGGGAGGUGUGGUGCAGGCGAGUUGGUGGCAUCACGAGAGUCCUCUACCAAGUCUGCAAGCAAAGUGGAUGAGGAAGGUGUCAUGGUUGCUGUCUGCCGUCAUGGGAUUUUGCUGAAGGGACUGAAUAUGUUCCGUGGGGAGAUAUUUGCAUAUCCCUUAUAUCUCCAGAAACAGCUUGCUUCACAAAAUGUGCAGUUCUUCUGCUCUGAUGUGGUAUGCAAAUAUUGGCCAUAUUUGCAGAGGGUUGUGGGGCAGUGUCCUGAGUUACAGGACCUGUUGAAGAUGCAUCCCUUUCUUUCAAUCAUGCAUGCUAAAGCACAUUCCUGGAUGUGUGAGGUAAUUGCCAGUGGCUUAUUUGUCAUUACUACUAUUGGUCCUCUUCCAAAAGGUAACAUACAAAUUUGUUGCAGUUGCAAUGGUGGUGGUGGGGGGGGGUGAAAUCAAGAGGGAGCAGGAACAACAAUAGGGGAGGAGGUUGAACAAGUGAAUAGCUUCUUCUCUCGACCAGCCAUAUGUUCCAAGUACAUGUCAAAAGCUGGUAAAUAUUUUUUUUUUUAUGCAUCUAACUGAUUUAGCUUUUGGUUUCCUGGCCUAAUGUGUCGUUAAGUCCGCACAGACAUCCUUACUAUCCAGGCCAGUGGCUGGAACAAGCGGAAGGCAGAAAAUCUUGACCGGACAUUGGCCAAACGAUACAUCAAGACUGUGCAAAGGAUUUCUGAGGCAUCAGAGGACCUUAAAAACUGAUUAAACAGUUGUCAAUACAAGAAGACAUAGUCCAGCAGUGGGUGUCUGAAGUUAAAGAGUGGACAGCAGGAACAACUAGUCAAAACGACCUGGAGAAAACCAUCGAAGGACUGUACCUGAGCAUCAAGCAGAGAAAAUACGAGCUGUAUCGUCAAUCUGAUGGCAACAAGCAGAGACAUCAGCUAAGGAAAAAGAUUGCUGCAGAGAAGAGAGCCUUAGGAGAUGCCAUUACAAAACAUAAUGCUGUUAUGGGUGGAGCUGACAAACUCCCUCUUCCCAACGAGCUCUUGGCUGAGGAAAACUACUCCUGGCCUUGGGAAUGUCAUGGUGAUAUGAUGGAGAAGAAAAAGCUUUAUGACAAGGUGAUGCUGCUGACAAGACUGAAAAAAGAAGAGGUUAUUGUGGUUCGGGAAGUCAAACAGCACUGGGAGUACUUGAGGACUGUUGUUGGAACACUGGAAGAACUUUCCUCCCAGCUUUCUGAAGGGAUCACCCAGCAAGGCAGCAUUGAGGCAUUGAUGGGGAGAGGACGUGAGGGGCUGCUCUGUCUGCUGAGGAGGAGGCUGUCUGCUGUUAGAGCCCAGCAGGGUGCUGCUCGCACAACUUACCAACGUGUCUUGGGAUUGCAACGAUUGUCUCUGGAUGACUCCUUGACUGAUGAUGAAAACUUGGACAGUAGCUCUUCUGAUGAAGAAAUUUGACCUCCCUCAAAAACAGUCACCCUAGCACCAAUAUAUUGUAAUAAUGAUGCCUGUAUGGGAGGGGGGACUGAUAUUGAAUUUGUACUUUAUUAUGCAAUAUGACAAAUAAAUUUCUUUAAAAUUA